AUGACUGUUACCAGUUAUUUAGGGGUUACUGCUCAUUAUUUGCAAGAAGACAAACUGGUGUCACGUUGCAUAGCUACCGUUGCACUGGAUCAGCGCCAUACUGGUGAUUUUAUCGCUGAAAAAUUAAAAGAAAUUUGUGCAGGUAUACACAUCAGCAGUUUGGAUAAAAUAACUGCAGUAGUUACAGACAAUCACUCGAACAUGAUAGCCGGCAUAGCAAAUAUUCUAGAAAAGAACAAACAUUUACCUUGCUUUGCUCAUACAAUUACUUUAAUCGCUGAAUCUCCCAUGUCAGUCAAUGAUUUAGGAGCAUUAGUAAGCAAGGUACGAGACGUUGUAAAAUUUUUCAAGAGCAGUGUAAUCCUCAGUGAUUCUUUACGUCAAAAACAAACUGGGUCUCAACCUCUCAAACUGAUUUUAGACGUGAAGACUCUUUGGAAUUCAGUCUAUUAUAUGCUACAGAGAUAUGUUGAAUUAGCACCAAUAGUUCAUCAAAUUUUGAUGUUAAAUACAAAAGCACCACCCACACCAUCGGCUGUAGAAAUGCAAAAUAUUAAAACAUUGAUGUGUAUUUUGAAACCGCUGGAGUAUGUAACCAAAGAGUUAUCAGGUGAACAGUAUGUAACGAUUAGUAAAAUAAUUCCGAUAGUGAACUGUUUGAAGACGCAGAUCAAUAAUAUACCUAUGGCUGUAGGUGAUGGUGAUGGUCCCCAUGGAAGGGUAAUAGAUAUAAUAAAAAAAGAAAUCCUAAAACAGAUAGAACGGCGAUUCGGACAUAUUGAAGAUAAUUAUUUGAUUGCAAUGUCAUGUUUGCUAGAUCCGAUAUACAAGAAUAUCCAUUUUCAGGACGCUAAUGCUUGUGCAAAGGCAAUUUCUUUACUGAGAAGAUAUAUAACAACGCCUCCUAGUGUUAUCGGCAGCGAUCAUGACAGCGAUUCCUCUCUUGAAACAACUUAUGAUUUUUGGAGUCACCACAAGAAAUUAGCUCACACAAAAAAACGAUGUGAAACCAGUUCUUCAACACAGUUUGAAUAUAAAGAUGAAAUAAGCCAUUAUUUAUCUACACAGGUUUCGCCACUUUCUUUGAAUCCUCUGAAACAAUGGGAAGAUUUAAAAGUUGUUUUCCCAAAAUUAUAUAAAUUGGCACGAGAAUUUUUAUCGAUUCCUGCGACUUCAGUGCCCUCCGAAAGAUUGUUUUCGAAAGCUGGAAGAACAAUUACUAAAACCCGUAACCGCCUAUCGCCAAAAAGGCUCGACAAACUUCUUUUCUUGAGCGAUUGUACCGAGGAGGAAUGGGAUUUAUAA